GACAAUAUUUCACAGGACAAUGUUUUAGAAUCCAGCAUUAAACCAGGAGCAUCAAGUAGUCAUAGUGCAAUCGCUGAACGCCAUGCAGUUAUUGAGAGUAGAAAAGCUGAAUUAGCCUCAGAUUCAAAAAUAUUUGAAAUAUUAAUAAAAAUUAUUAAUGAUAAUAUUGAAAAUGACAAGCUUUACGAAGCAUACAAGACCCUUAAACAGCCUCUUGUUGGUGAGACCAAUACAUGCAAUGAAGUGCUUAAUUCAAAAAAACAGCAAAAAACCUGGAAAUCACGAAGGAAUGGAAAAUUAGCUUUUUGGCUACAAUAA